GCACCGUUAUUCCACGGGACGGUGCGUCGGCUCAGCCGCCUGCACACGCUGGACACCGCACACCCGCGCUGCAACUUUGGAUAAACUUUUACGCAUCAGGGGCGCGAGGAACUUUUGUUUUUCCCCUCCUUUACUGGAUAUUUUUAAGAUUCUGCUGUGAAGAGACAGUUUGAGGAGUUGAAGAGAAACUUCCCGUGGUCCUGCAGGAAUCCGUCUUCUCCCCUCACUGGAUAUACUUGCAGCGGGUGCGCAGCGCAGGAGAGGCGGACACCUCUGGAGCGGGUUCUGGACGCAGGAGGAGCCGCUGCUUUGUUUCACCCGCUGACUUUUUUGUUCUCUGGCACUUUUCUACGAUGCUUUAGUGACUCGCACAACCCGAGUAAAGUUGAUGCGUCAGCGGCAUGGACUCUGUCUGAGAAAGGUGGACCGGCUCACUGACCAUGGCGCACGCAGGUAGGGCUUCGGGCCGGUUCCAUUUGGUUCUCCUGGUGCUGUGGACUCUGUCGCAGUACUCCACGUCCAGCCAAGUCCGCCAAGAGUUCCAGGUCCUGGAGGAGCAGCCCGUCGGCACCUAUGUGGGCUCGAUAGAGACCAAGCCCAGCUUCACGUACCGCUUCAGCGAGAACCACAAACUUUUUGCCAUCAACGGCACCACGGGGCUCAUCUACACCUCGUCUGUGAUUGACAGGGAGGUCCUGCAAAGCGAUGUGAUCAACGUGGUGGUGCUGUCCAGUCAGCCCACCUACCCCACCGAGGUCCGGAUAGUCGUGCUGGAUAUUAACGACAACUCACCGGUGUUCCCGGACGCGUCCAUCGUCGUGUCCUUCAAGGAGGACGCGAGCAGCGGCCGGCAGGUAAUCCUGGACACCGCCACGGACUCAGACAUCGGGAGUAACGGGGUCGAUCACACCACGUACAGGAUCGUGAGGGGCAACGAGCAGAGGAGAUUCCGCUUGGAUAUUACAGUGAAUCCCAGUGGAGAGGGGGCUUUCUUACACCUGGUUUCCACCGGAGGCUUGGACAGGGAGGUCACCCCCUUCUACCAGCUCCUGAUCGAGGUGGAGGACAAAGGGGACCCCAAAAAGUUUGGCCACUUGCAAGUAAACGUCACCAUCCAAGAUAUAAACGACAACCCCCCUGUGUUUGACCAGGAGCAGUAUCAGACCAGUGUUUUUGAGGACGCAGCCGUGGGCUCUAGUGUUCUGCAGAUCACAGCUUCAGACCAGGAUGAGGGAGCCAAUGCUGAGAUCAGGUACUUUUUAGAUGAGGGGACCCCUUUCCAGAUUGACCCCAAAGUUGGUACUAUCACCAUAAAAGAGGUUUUGGAUUUUGAGAGUAAGAGAGAGUAUUCUCUGACUAUUCAUGCAGUGGAUAACGGGGUGCCCGCCCUGUCAGGCAGGACAGAGGCCACUGUUAAACUGUUAGAUGUGAAUGAUAACGACCCUGUGGUGAAGUUUAGGUAUUUUCCCACUACUUCUAAGUUUGCGUCUGUGGAUGAAAACGCACAGAUCGGCACAGUUGUGGCUCUGCUCACCGUUUCAGACUCAGACUCCCCCACAGCUAACGGCAACAUAUCUGUUUCCAUCUUAGGAGGCAACGAGCAGAGGCACUUUGAAGUGCACACGUCUCCGGUGCCCAAUUUAAGUCUGAUCAAAGUAGCCAGCGUGUUAGACAGGGAGAGAAUUUCCUCAUACAACCUGACUGUGUCUGUGUCCGACAAUGGCAAACCCAUGGCCCGCUCCUCCUUCGCCAGUCUGGUCAUUUUUGUGAAUGAUAUCAAUGAUCACCCCCCCAUAUUUCAGGAAACGCUGUACAGAGUAGAUAUCAGUGAGGACGUUCCAAAAGGCAGCUACAUUAAAGGGGUCUCAGCAACAGAUGGUGACUCAGGGCAGAAUGCCAACCUGCGCUACUCCCUGGUGUCUGGAAACGCUUUGGGCUGGUUCUCCAUCAGUGAAAACAGCGGUCUGGUUACCAGUGCAGCUUUGCUGGAUCGGGAAAUAGCAGCUGAAAUUGUGCUCAACAUUAGUGCCAAAGACCAGGGGCUGCAGCCCAAGAUUUCUUACACUAAACUGAUAAUCAACAUCACUGAUGUGAACGACCAAGUGCCCACAUUCACACAGAGCACAUAUCAUGUUUCCCUGGUGGAGCACGCUCCUGCUGGCACCGAGCUGCUGCUGCUCUCUGCCUCAGAUGACGACCUCGGGGCCAAUGGAACUAUCCGGUUCUCGUUUGAUGCAGAGACUCCCGCCAGUGUCCAGGAGCUGUUUCGCCUGGAUGCUGCGUCAGGCCGAUUAAGCACAGCCGUGGAGCUAGACAGGGAGGAUCAGGCCUCCUUCUUACUCCACAUCCAGGCAGCAGACGCAGGCAGCCCCCCUCUGCACUCUGUAGGGAAAGUCAACAUCACCCUGAGGGAUAUCAAUGACAAUAGGCCAGUCUUCUACCCCGUGCAGUAUUUUGCCAAUGUGAAGGAGAAUGAGCCCUCGGGUUCUUAUGUAACCACCGUUUCAGCCACAGAUCCCGAUUUAGGUCGAAAUGGCACAGUCAAGUAUAUAAUUACGGCCGGAGAUGCAUCCAAAUUCCGCAUUAAUAGCAACAUGGGGAAAAUUACCACUCUGGUGCCCCUGGAUAGAGAAGAGAAAACUGCUUACCAGCUGCAGGUGACGGCAGCAGAUGGCAGCGGCCUGCGCUCACACACACAGGCCAUAGUUACUGUAACUGUCAUAGACACACAGGACAACCCACCGGUGUUCAGCCAGAAAGUUUACAGCUUUGUCAUGUUUGAGAAUGUGGGCGUGGGCUCAGUUAUAGGGACAGUGUCAGCCACCACUGUAGAUCUGAACACAAACAUUUCUUAUCUGAUCACCUCCGGGGACCAGAGGGGGCUCUUUGCGGUGAACAGCGCCGGUCAGAUCACAGCGUCCAGUCAGAUAGACAGAGAGGAGCAGGGCUUUUAUCAGCUGAAGGUCGUGGCCAGAGCCGGCGAGAUCACAGGGGAGGCGUUCGUCAACAUCACCGUGAAGGACUUGAACGAUAACGCCCCUCACUUUAUUCACGCCGUGGAGCACGUGAGCGCGGUGGAGAACUGGAGCACGGGUCACGUCAUCUUCCAGGCCAAAGCCGCUGAUCCCGACGAGGGCCUGAACGGCAUGGUGGUCUACAGCCUCAAACAAAACCCCAAAGGCCUGUUUCAUAUUCAUGAGAAGCACGGCCUCAUCACACUGACCGGGCCGCUGGAGGUCACCACCAGCUCCUACGAGGUCGAGGUCACUGCAGCAGACACGGGGGUGCCGCAGCACACCUCCAGCCUCGUCCUCAUCGUCAGUGUCUACGACGUGAACGACAACACGCCCGUGUUUGACCAGCUCUCGUAUGAGGUCAUCAUCCUGGAGUCGGAGCCUGUCAACAGCCGCUUUUUCAAAGUGGAGGCCACCGACAAAGACUCGGGUCUUAACGGGGAGAUUAUGUACGACAUCACCGGUGGAAACGUAGCUGACGUGUUUGGGAUUUUUCCAGACGGACAGUUGUACAUCAAAUCAGAGCUGGACAGAGAGACACAGGACAGAUAUAACCUGGUGGUCUUGGCCAAAGACCGAGCUGUGGAGCCGCUGAGCGCCACCGUCAACGUCAGUGUGAUUCUCGACGACGUCAACGACAACCGUCCUCUUUUUAAUAGCACUAAUUAUGUGUUUCAUUUUGAGGAGGAGCAGAGGAGGGGGUCGCUGGUUGGGCGAGUUUUCGCGGAGGACAAAGACUUUGGCCCAAACAGUGAAGUCAGAUACACAUUUGAGACGCCGCAGCCCAACUUUGAGCUGAACGCCAUCUCGGGGGAGUUGACCAGCACGCUGCAGCUGGACCGCGAGACGCUCAUGAGACAAAGAGGCGCCGCCGUGUUCAGCUUCGUGGUCGUCUCGUCAGACCAGGGUCUCCCCAAGCCCCUCAGAGACCAGGCCAAAGUGCAGGUUUACAUUCAAGACAUCAACGACAACCCGCCUAAAUUCACCAAAGACAUUUACCAGGCCUCCAUCUCAGAGUCUGCUCAGAACAUGACCCAGCUGCUCAGAGCCUCCGCCUCUGAUGUGGAUGAGAACAAGAACGGUUUAGUGCAUUAUCAGGUCACUGAGGGCAACGAGGAGGGGCAGUUCACUAUUGACGGCAGCUCUGGACAGGUCACAUUAGUUGGAAAGCUGGACUAUGAAUCUACAUCCUCCUAUUCUUUGAAAAUCAUAGCUGUAGAUGCCGGAGCUGUGCCCCUGUCCUCCUCCUGCAUGCUGAGCAUCAGCAUCCUGGACGAGAACGACAACUCCCCCUCCUUCCCUAAAUCCUCCCUGUCUGUGGACGUCCUGGAGAACAUGAGGAUCGGAGAGCUGGUGGCGUCGGUGACCGCCACGGAUUCGGACUCGGGUCAAAACGCAGACAUCACGUACAGCAUCACUGCCACAAACAACCACGGCACUUUCAGCAUCAGCCCCAACACCGGCAGCAUCUUCUUGGUUAAAAAGCUGGAUUAUGAGACUCAGUCGUUUUACAAACUCAACAUCACCGCGAAGGACAACGGCAGACCCCCCCGCUCCUCAUCCGUCCCUGUGGUUAUUCACGUCAGGGAUUUCAAUGACAACCCCCCCAUAUUCACCCCUGGUGACAUUUUCAAAUCCAUCGCUGAGAAUCUCCCCAUCUCAGCCUCGGUCAUGACGAUCACGGCCCACGACACAGACGCAGACAUCAACGGGGAGCUGGAGUACUCCAUUGUCCAGCAGAUUCCUCGGGGGAGCCACUUCACCAUUGACCCGAGCACUGGGCUCAUAUACACCAACAGAGAAAUCGACAGGGAGUUCUCCAAUCUGUUCGAGCUGACAGUCAAAGCCACAGACCAGGCGGUUCCGGCUGAGUUCCGCCGCUUCGCCCUGAAAAAUGUCACAAUCUGGGUCACGGACCAGAAUGAUAAUGUUCCCACCUUUGUGUCCCAGAACGCUCUCGUGGCCGAGCCCAACAUCGUCAUCGGCUCCAUCCUGACAACAGUGGUGGCCUUUGACCCCGACGACGGGGCAAACGGGGAAGUGGAGUACGAGCUUUUGGAAGGAGACUCGGACACGUUUAUAAUGGACAGGUACAGCGGGGACAUUCGCCUGGCCUCCCAGCUGGUGCCGUCCCGCCUCAUGUACACCCUCGCUGUGUCGGCCACUGACCACGGCACGGACCGCAAGACCUCCAGGACUGAGCUGACCAUCAUCCUCCAGGGGAUGGACGGGCCUGUUUUCUCGCAGCCCAAAUACAUCACCAUCCUCAAAGAGGGCCAGCCGCCGGGCACCAGCGUCAUCUCCCUCGAUGCCUCCAGCCCGCGCGGCUCUGCGAGCAGAGUGGAGUACUUCAUCGUGGCGGUGCGCAGCGGUGGGAAAGCCGUGGGGCGCCUUUUCACCAUCGGCCGCAACACUGGAGUGAUACAGACGGCCGCAGAGCUGGACCGUGAGAAAGGCUCCGACCUCUACCUGGUGGAUGUGUACGCCAUCGAGACGGACGCCAGCCAGCCCAGGACGCAGCGUGCUGAGGUGGAGAUCACGCUGCAGGACGUCAACGACAACCCGCCUGUUUUCCCUAAUGAUAUUCUCGACGUGACCAUUGAGGAGAACGUCGGCGAUGGCUUCAAGAUAAUGCAGCUAACAGCCACGGAUGCAGACGAGGGUCCCAAUGCUCUUGUGACCUACACCAUCAUCAGUGGGGCGGACGAGAGUUUCCGGAUCGACCCGGAGUCCGGCGAUCUGAUCGCCACCAAGAAACUGGAUCGGGAACGCCGGUCGAAAUAUUCCCUCCUGGUGCGCGCCGACGACGGGAAGCAGUCGUCCGACAUGCGGCUGAACAUCACCGUCAAGGACAUCAACGACCACACGCCCAAGUUCUCCCGCUCGACGUACUCCUUUGAUAUCCCCGAAGACAUGGCACCAGGCUCCAUCGUGGCGGCGAUCCUGGCCAGCGACUCUGACUCGGGGGUGAACGGAGAGGUCACCUACUCGCUGGAGGAAGACGACGAGGACGAGACGUUCCUGCUGAACCCGGUGACGGGAGUCUUCAACGUGACGCGUACCCUGGACUACGAGGCGCAGCAGUACUACAUUCUGACGGCGAGGGCUCAGGAUGGCGGCGGGCAGGCCAGCACGGUCAGGGUGUAUUUCAACGUGCUGGACGUGAACGACAACCCGCCCAUCUUCAACACCACGGCGUACAGCACGUCCGUCUCUGAGAGUCUGCCGCCUGGAUCCAGUAUCAUCACUGUCGGGGCCAGUGACGCCGAUGAUGGCCUAAACGCGCAGCUCACCUACAAAAUUGCCUCUGGCGACCCCCAGAGUCACUUCGUCAUCACCAAGGAAGGAGUCCUCCAGACCAAGAGGGCCCUGGACAGAGAAACACAAUCCUUCUACAACCUGGUGAUCACCGUCAACGACCUGGCUCCACCUCCCAUGAUCCGCUUCACCAGCACGGCUCAGGUGUCCAUCAUCCUCCUGGACGUCAACGACUGCUCGCCGACCUUCACCUCCCAGAAGAUGACCUACAUCCAGGAGAACACGCCUGUGGACACGGUGGUGUUUACCGCCAAGGCGGCGGACGCCGACAGCGGGCCCAACAGCUACGUUGAGUACUCCCUCAAAGGACCCUACGGUAACAAGUUCAGCAUCGGUACAGUGGAUGGAGACGUCAGGUUGGUUGGGGAACUCGACCGGGAGGAGCUUUCCAACUACACCCUCACAGUUGUGGCCACAGACAAAGGAGAACCGUCUCUGUCUUCAACCAUGGAUGUGACCAUGAUGGUUCUGGACGUCAACGACAACACACCAAGCUUCUCACAGAAUAUCUACGACAUCGAGAUCGAGGAGAACACCUUGACGGGGACCGAUGUCAUCCAGGUGUUCGCCAGCGAUGCUGACGGCGGCACCAAUGGCCAGAUUCGAUUUUCCAUCUCGGCGGGCAACGCCAACUCUGAUUUCAGGAUUGAUUCGGUCACGGGGGUGAUUUCAGUCGCCAAGCAGCUGGACCGCGAAGUUCGCUCUACAUAUUCACUCGUGGUGCAAGCUGCGGACCGCGGCAGCAGCCCCAGGGUGGACCGGGCCACCGUCAACAUCGUGCUGCUGGACGUCAACGACUGCUCACCUGUGUUUGAGCUCUCGCCUUACACGGUUAACGUGCUGGAGAACCUGGAGAGCCUGCCGAAAAACAUUCUGCAGGUCGUUGCCAGAGACGACGACCAAGGCGCCAACAGUCAGCUGAGCUACAUGCUGAGCGGUGGGAACGACGAGGCGGCGUUCAGCCUGUCGUCCAGCGGCCAGCUGAGCCUGACGCAGACCCUGGACCGCGAGGCCCAGGGGGAAUACGUCCUGCUGGUCACAGCCACCGACUCAGGUUCUCCUCCUCUGAGCGGAACGGGCACGGUGACGGUCCUGGUGGACGACGUGAACGACAACGUCCCCAUCUUCACCUCCUCCAUGUUUCACACCACCAUCAUGGAGGACGCCCCGACGGGGACGGACGUGCUGCUGGUCAACAGCUCGGACGUAGACGUGGGCGUCAAUGGAGUCAUAAGCUACAGCCUGACAGGAGGACACGGCCAGUUCUCCAUCAACCCCGCCACAGGACAGAUCAUUACCAGCUCGCUGCUGGACCGAGAGGACCGGGCCAAUUACCAGCUGCUGGUUGUGGCGACUGACGGAGGGCAGCCCGAGGGCCUGUCCAGCUCCGCCACUGUGUCCGUGACGGUGGCGGACAUCAACGACAACCCUCCACGCUUCCACCACCACCCCUACGUCACGCACAUCCCUGCCUCUACUGCAGCAGGGUCUUUGGUCUUUGCUGUGACUGUCACUGAUGAGGACUCGGGUUCCAACGCCCAGAUGCACUACUCCCUGAUGGGCCGCAACUCUGAAAAGUUCAAGAUCGACCCCGUCAGAGGAGCCAUCACCGCCAUCGAGAAGCUGACGGGAAACUCAGAAGUCACCCUCACGGUCCGAGUAAAAGAUGGCGGCAGUAAUCCCAAAACGGACAUGACCACUGUGACAGUCCGCUUUGUGACUGGAGGAAACUUCCCCGUCAUCAGGGUGAAGGAGCACACGUUCACGUUCCCCGAGAGCCAGUCGACGAACCACGUGGUCACGACGGUGACCGGGUCGUCUAUGAGGGGAGGACCGCUGUCGUAUUACAUCGCCAGCGGCAACCUGGAUAACGCUUUUCAUAUCGACCAGCUCUCAGGCGAACUGUCAAUCAGACACUCACUGGAUUAUGAGCACAUUCAGAAGUAUGUUCUCUGGAUCGAGGCCCGAGAUCAGGGCUUCCCGCCUUAUUCCUCCUACGAGAAAGUGGAAAUAACUGUGCUGGACGUGAAUGAUAAUCACCCGAAGUUUGACAAGGAUCCGUUCCACGCUGAAAUACUGGAGAGCCUUUCGCCUCAGCGGGUGCUGAUGGUGUCGGCUGUUGAUCUGGACAGCGGGCCCAACGGACAGCUGGAAUACGCCAUCAUUGACGGCAACAAGGAGAAUAGUUUCAACAUUAAUCGAGCGACUGGUGAAAUACGAAGCACCAGGCCGCUGGAUCGAGAGAAAGUGGCCCAGUACGCUUUGAAAGUCAAAGCCACCGACCGCGGGCUGCCGCCUAAAAACACGGCGGUCAAAGUGUUAAUCAGCGUUCUGGACGUUAACGACAACGCCCCGAGGUUUUCCAAAAUCUUCAGUGCGACAGUGGCUGAAAACGCCCCGGCGGGUUACACUGUCACCAGAGUCACCACCACGGAUGAGGACGCCGGUUCAAACGCCAUCAGCCGAUAUUCCAUCACAGACACGAGCCUCCCAUUCAACAUUAACCCGAGCUCAGGCGAUAUAACCAUAAGCAGACCGCUCAACAGAGAAGACACCGAUCACUACAUCGUCAAAGUGUCGGCCCACGACUCCGGUUGGACGGUGAGCACAGACGUCACCAUAUUCAUCACAGACAUUAACGAUAACGGCCCCAGGUUCAGUCGUCCCUCUUACUAUCUGGACUACCCUGAGCUCACUGACGUGGGCGCCCUGGUGACACGGGUGUCCGCCACGGAUCCCGACGAGGGUUCCAACGGCAGAAUUUUCUAUUUCAUCCGGUCUCAGUCCGAGUAUUUCAGAAUCAACGCCAGCUCUGGAGAGAUAUUUGUGAAGCAGCAGCUAAGAUAUCAAAACUCCACGGGUGCCAGUAGCAUAAAUAUUAAUCGCCACAGCUUCAUUGUCACCGCAUCCGACCGGGCGGUGAAGCCUCUGCUGAGCGAGACAACAGUAAUUGUAAAUAUUGUAGACAGCAAUGAUAAUCCGCCUGAGUUCGAUUCCCUGAGCUACUUUACCCCCGUCACCAAAAGUGUGAAGGUCGGCACCAGACUCAUUAGAGUCGUAGCUCAAGACAAAAAAGACUUUGGCCUUAAUUCUGAGGUGGAAUAUUUGAUAACAGGUGGAAACAGCUCGAGUAAAUUCAAACUGGAUAAAACGAGCGGGUGGAUUACUGUCGCCUCCUCCCUGACAUCUGACAUGAAGAAGACUUUCCUCAUUGACAUCACAGCGAGUGACAGAGGAAACCCUCCCCUGUCGGCGCGGACGUCAGUGCGGAUCGUGGUCACAGAGGAGAACCACCACACGCCUGAGUUCUCACAAAGCCAAAUCUCAGCCACUGUACCAGAAAGCCUCCCUGUGGGAACAGCCAUAAGGACCCUGUCUGCUAGAGACAAAGAUAAAGAAAUGAACGGCCUUAUCACCUACAAUAUUACUUCAGGCAACGACAAGGGCCUGUUUUCACUUAAUAGUAAAACCGGAGUGUUAUCCCUAGCUCAGCCUCUGGACUUUGAAGAGAAGCAGCAGCACAUGCUCAGAGUUUCUGCCACUGACGGCGGCUGGAUCGCAAAAACGAGUUAUGUCUCCGUCACCGUGCACGUAACUGACGUAAAUGACAACCCUCCUGUGUUUGACCCUGACGAGUACUUCCCCACUGUGCAGGAGAACGUUCCCAGUGGCACCACCGUGGUCAAAAUGAACGCCACAGACCGAGAUUCAGGCGCGAACGCAGUCAUGGCUUACGUGAUACAGUCAUCAGACAGCGACCUCUUUGUUAUUGACCCAAACUCUGGCACCAUCACCACGCAGGGCUUCUUGGAUUACGAGGCUAAGCAGGUCUACCAUUUAACAUUGAAGGCCUUCAAUGUCCCAGACGAGGAGCGCUGCAGCUUCGCCAACGUCAACAUUCAGCUGAAGGGAGCCAAUGAAUACGUACCUCGCUUUGUCUCCAAACAAUACUACUUUGAAAUCUCUGAAGCCGCUCCAAGAGGCACAGUGGUCGGGGAAGUGUUCGCCAGUGAUCGGGACCAGGGGGUUGAUGGAGUGGUUUACUACCUCAUUUUCGGGAAGAGCAGAAGAAAAGGCUUUGGCAUCAACAAGAAAACAGGUCAGAUCUACGUCACAGGUACUUUAGACCGUGAGAAAGAGGAGAAGAUUUCACUGAAGGUGUUGGCCAAGAACGCGGGGAGCAUCCGCGGGGCAGAUAUCGAUGAAGUGUUUGUGAACAUCACGAUUCUCGACGCCAACGAUCCUCCCGUUUUCACCCAGGAGCUGUAUGACGUGCAGGUCAGUGAAGGUCUCUCUCCAGGCGGUCUGGUUACCUUCGUGAGCGCCGAUGACUCAGACUCUGUCCCGAGCUGGAGCAGAUUUUCUUACUCCAUCUCUCCUGAGUUUGAUAAAAGUGUGUUUACUAUCAAUCCGAAGACCGGCCAAGUGUCUGUGGCUGCAGAGCUGGACAGAGAAAAGACUCCUGUGUAUAAUCUGACCAUUCUAGCUGUGGAUACUGGCACUCCUCCUGCAACCGGCAGCACCACAGUUAUUGUGAAUCUGGAAGAUAUCAAUGAUAACGGCCCCACUUUGACAACCGCUUACGCUGAGGUCAUGGAGAACCAGAGAGCUGGCAGUGCAGUGGCAACACUUACAGCCUCUGACACGGAUCUCCCCCCCAACCAAGGCCCCUUCUUAUUCAGCCUCCUCAGCUCUGGCUCUGCAAACAGCUACUUCCGCCUGAGUCCAGCUGGAGUGUUAACUACGAGUCGGGAGAUCGACAGGGAGCAGAUCAGCGACUUCUACCUCUCGGUGGUGAUCAAGGAUUCUGGCGUGCCUCAGAUGUCCUCCACAGGAACCGUCCACGUCAAAAUAAACGAUCAGAACGACAACCCGUCAGAGCCGAGGUCCAUGGAGAUCUUUGUCCACUACUUUGGAAACAUGUUUCCCGGCGGUUCCUUGGGAGACGUCAAACCCCAGGACCCUGACAUUCAGGAUAGGUUCCACUGCUCCCUCAUUCCUCCGUCCUCCGGUCUGUUCAGUGUCCCGACUGGAACGUGCAACCUCAACUCUAAAGCCCGGUCAACGGACGGAACUUUUGAACUAACCGUCCGAAGCAGCGACGGCGUCCACGGCUCAGUCAGUAAUACGGCCAGAGUCCUCUUCAUGGGCUUCACUAAUGCGACAGUGGACAACAGCAUUCUCAUUCGACUCAACUCCCAAGGAGUCAAAAACUUCCUCACCAACCACUACCUCAGCUUUUUACGCAUUGCCAACUCUCAGCUAGCAGGACUAGGCACCGGGGUGCUCCUGUAUGGAGCGUUUGAGCUCAACAAUCAGACUUUCCUGAUGGCAGCUGUUAAACGUGGCCAUGGACAAUAUGUCAACCCCAGCGGCGUGGCCACAUUCUUCCAGAGUAUCAAAGACAUUUUAUAUAGACAGAGCGGGGUGCAAAUAGAUGCGGUGGACCAUGAUCCUUGCACUCAUAACCCAUGCCAGAAUGGAGGCAGCUGCAAGCGGCGUCUCAGUGUCGGGCCCGAUAUGAAGACAGAAGAAAGUGUCCCAGUGAUCCUUGUUUCAAACCACCCCCUGCAGCCGUAUGCCUGCAGCUGCAGGCCAGGAUACACAGGCGCUCUGUGUGAGACAGACAUUGACGAGUGCCAGCCAUCGCCCUGCCACAAUGGCGGCACCUGCCACAAUUUGGUGGGAGGUUUCUCCUGCACCUGUCCUGAAGGUUUCACCGGGAUGGCCUGUGAGAGGGAUAUCAACGAAUGCCUCUCUAAUCCCUGCAAGAACGGGGCGCUGUGCCAGAACUUCCCAGGCGGAUUCAACUGUCUCUGCAAAUCCGGCUUCGCAGGCAAAACGUGUGACUCCAUCAUCAAUCACUGUGAGUGUAACCCAUGUUUUAAUGGUGGGUCCUGUCAGAACCGGGUGGAUGGAUAUUACUGUCACUGUCCGUUCGGGGUUUUCGGCAAGCACUGCGAACUGAACAGCUACGGCUUCGAGGAGCUCUCCUACAUGGAGUUUCCGUCCCUGGAUCCCAACAAUAACUACAUAUAUAUUAAGUUUGCAACCCUGCAGAGCAACGCGCUGCUCAUGUACAACCACGAUAACCAGACCGGAGACAAGGCGGAGUUCCUGGCGCUGGAGAUCUUCGAGGGACGGAUGCGCUUCUCCUUCAACCUCGGGAGCGGAACUUAUAAACUCAUGACCAUGAUAAAAGUUGCAGAUGGGCAGUUCCACACGGUCAUCGCCAGGAGAGCUGGGAUGGCUGCGUCUCUGACUGUGGACCUGUGUGGUGAAGACCAGGAACCAGGCUACUGUGCUGUGAGCAACGUGGCAGUGCACACUGACUGGAUCCUGGACGUGCAGCCCAACAGACUCUCGGUGGGAGGCGUCAGGUCAAUAGAACCCGUCCUUCAUCGGCGCGGUCAGAUCGCCACCCACGACUUUGUCGGCUGCAUCAUGGAGCUCGCCGUCAACGGCCGCCCGCUGGAGCCCAGUCAGGCGCUGGCAUCGCGUGGCAUCCUUGACAGAUGUCCGAGACUGGAAGGAGCCUGCACCGCCAGCCCCUGCAGACACGGGGGAACCUGCUUGGACCACUGGUCCUGGCAGCAGUGCCAGUGUGUGGACGGAUUCACUGGCAAAUUCUGUGAGAAAUACAUGUCGGCGGACACCGCCCUGUCGCUGGACGGCACCGGCCGGCUGGAUUACUCCCUGAAGUCGGGCCCCAAGCGCGACGUCCUGCUCCGGCAGUCGCUGCAGGGCUCGUCCCCGGACCCCGCCGGGCCCAGCAGCCUGGAGGUGAAGUUCAGGACGCGCGGCAAGAGCGGCACCCUGCUGCACGUGCAGGAGAGCAGCAACUACACCACUGUGAAGCUGAGGAACGGCAACAUCCAGUACAUCUCAGACGCCGGCGUCGGUGGGAAGGUGGAGCGGACCGUGGGGGACGCAGUGCUGUCGGACGGCCAGUGGCACACGCUCCAGCUGGUGAAGAACGGCUCGACCACUGUGCUCCAGGUGGACAACGGCCACCCCCGGGUCAUCCAGCAUCCCACGCAGGACUUUGGAGGUCUCGGGGUUGUGACCUUCUCUCUGGGAGGGAUCCCACCCGGACCUGCGCAGCAGAAAACUGGAGCAGGUUUCGAUGGCUGCUUGGCCUACGUGAAGUACAACAGGGAGAACCUGCCGUUUACCGGAGAACACAGCCUGGUGACCUUGACCAAGACCAGCUCAUCGGUCAAGAUCGGCUGCAGAGGUCCCAACCUUUGUGAGAGCAGUCCGUGCUGGGAUGGCCUGAUGUGCGUCAACCAGUGGUACACGUACCAGUGUGUCCCGCCCGGCGACUGCACUUCUAAUCCCUGCCAGAACCACGGCAGCUGUGUGCCUGAUCCCCACUCGGGUUACACCUGCGUCUGCUCCGAGUUCUACACAGGAAAGACUUGUGAGACCUUGGUGGCCUGUCUGGGUGUCCAGUGUCCUGAGGGUACUGUCUGCAAAACAGCCAACAAUGGUGGCUUUGUCUGCAGCCCCAGCCCCACGGCGGAGACGAUGGUCCUCCCCAUCUGGGCGGUGCCCGCCAUCGUCGGCAGCUGUGCCACUGUCCUCGCCUUGGUGGUUCUCAGCCUGAUCCUGUGCAACCACUGCAGGGGCCGCAACAGGACCAAAGUGCCAAAGGAACCCAAGGAGAAGAAGCCCAAGGAGAAGAAGAAGAAAAAGAAGAAGGGUAGUGAGAACGUAGCAUUCGAUGACCCAGAUAACAUCCCGCCAUACGGAGAUGACAUGACGGUACGGAAGCAACCGGAAGGGAACCCCAAACCGGACAUCAUAGAGAGGGAGAACCCGUACCUGAUCUAUGAUGAAACAGACAUUUCCCACAACAAUGAGACUGUGCCGAGCGCCCCCUGCGCCCCCUGCAAUGGCCCAGAGGCGGAUAUUGAACAUUACGACAUAGACAACGCCAGCAGCAUCGCUCCGUCAGACGCUGACAUCAUCCAGCACUACAAACAGUUCCGUAGCCACACACCCAAGUUUUCCAUCCAGAGACACAGCCCACUGGGCUUCGCCAGACAGUCCCCGUUGCCGCUCGGAGCAACAAGCUACACCUACCAGCCGCAGUACACGCAAGCGCUGAGGUCCACGCCGCUCAGCCACUCCCACUCAGCAUGCCCCACCCCCAACCCUCUGUCCAGACACUCCCCCGCCCCGUUCAACAAGCCCUCGUCCUUUUACCGAAACACCCCAACCAGAGAACUCAACCUGGCUCGCCGUGACGGCAGCCCACUGGAUCUGCACAAUGACAUGUGCCAGCCACCGCCCAUGUUCAACUACGCCACCCGGCUGGGGAGGCGCAGCAAGAGUCCGCAGACCAUGGCCAGCCACGGCCACACGUCCAGGCCGGGCAGUCGGCUGAAGCAGCCGAUAGAGCAGAUCCCCCUGGAGACGGGGCCGCCCGUGGGGCUAUCCAUUGAGGAAGUGGAGCGUCUGAAUACUCCACGCCCACGCAACCCCAGCAUCUGCAGCGCUGACCACGGGCGCUCCAGCUCUGAGGAAGACUGCCGCAGGCCGCUGUCAAGGGUCCGCAACCCCGCCGACGGCAUCCCGGCCCCAGAGUCCUCUUCAGAAAGUGACUCUCAUGACUCCUUCACCUGCUCGGAGAUGGAGUACGACCGGGACAAACCGGUUUCCUACAGCUCCCGCGUCCCCAAGCUCUCACAAGUCAACGAGUCGGACGCUGACGACGAGGACUACGGCGGGAGGCUCAAGCAGAGGCGUUACUCGAGUCGGAGGGCAGAGGGAGGGCCGGGUGUUUCCCAGAUGCCCCCUGGUGAGCAGCACUACACCCUGCCCCACAAACUGGGCCAGCAAGCUGGGGGCUUCAACUGGGACAAUCUGUUGAACUGGGGCCCCGGCUUUGGACAUUAUGUUGACGUGUUCAAGGACUUAGCUUUGCUUCCCGAGAACGCGGCGGCAAAAGACAUUGAAAUGAACAGUGGUGAUGGUUCAGUGACCAUUUUAAACGAAGGAGAAGCUGAGCAAUAUGUAUGAGACUAUUUAUUAUGAUGUACAAUAUGGUGACGUUCUCCAUUUUUAAAAAAAACAAGAAAAAAGGAAGACUGUACAUUUCAAGAGAGCAUUGGACUCCAUGUUUUUUUUUUUUUUUUUACAUUAUUCAAAAAUAAUAAGACGACUUUCAAUGCAGUAAGGCAGAAAAACAGCACCUGUAACAUGACAGAUUUUGUCAUUAUCCACCUUGGAAUAGUUUACCAGUCUCUUCUCGGUCCAAACUCCACUGUACAAUCGUGCUUUCAUCUCUCCGAGGCCUCAUUACAACGGAUCCAUUGACGCCGCUCGGCUCAGAAAGAUAAAUCCCUCUGUCUGAAUCCAAUUUAGCGACUGCAAAGCUCCAUUCACGUUAUCUUGAUCAAACAUUUCUGUUCUGCGUUACCAAUACGGCCUCUCCUCUCCCAAAAAAACUCCUGACACAUCCACAGCUGAGCGAUAGGAGCGGAGAUAACAUUAACACUCACAGGAAGGAAAUUCCCAAAAAAGAAAAACUCCCGGUGUCUUGUCUUUUUAAGGGGUCAAUUUUCAAUUAGCUUGAAACGAAGCAUGUGUGUAUUUGAUCUGACUGCACCUGUUACUGACAGGAUGCGCCCCCCCCCCCCUGAAAGCCAGUUGUGGCUCGCACGGUAUCCGCACCUACGUUAUGAUCGGACUGUCUCUGCCCUGGUGUGUUUCCCCCUCAGAAGACUGGCUAAACGCUCCAAGAGUGAGGAUUAAUGAAGUCUCCUGCCUUACAGACAUUUGAGGAUUUCAGUACCGGGGGGGGGGGGAACGCUUCCUCUUUUGUGUUUGCGGCCUGAGUCGAGUAGAAGAAGACUUUGUUUGUUUCUGGGGAGGGCGGGUGUAGAGCUGUCUGUCACAGAUUUGCAUUUUCUGACAAAGCCAAGUGUUUUUCAGGCAACGACGACGACGAUGAUGAUGAUGAUGAUGAUGAUGAUGAUGUUGAUGUAUGAUGAUGAUGAUGAUGAUGAUCGUAUAAACAUGACCCCGACUAAAAACACUAUGAACUUGUGUACAUUUUUUUAAUUCAUGAGAAAUCAUGGAGUCAUUUGUUGGUGUCUUCGUCCAUUAUUUUGACAUGUAUGGUUUCUACAUUUUUGUACUGUUUAUUAACUUAAAUUACUUAAGCUGUGUUUUUAUGGAUAUUUUCAUAUGCUGAAAUGUAUGUCCUUACUUUCGGGGAAAGUAAGAUUGAAGACUUAUUUUUUACAUUUGUUACGUAUGUAACAUCAGUAUUUUCCACUUUUGAUAAAACUAUAACAUGCUGUAUGCUUUGUACCUGUAAAAAGCCAAUAACAGAAUAAAAAAAAAAGUAUUUAUUUA